AUGAAGUUCCCUAAUGCCCUAAUCCUCAUCAGCGGUCUCCUAGCCGGCGUUCUGGCAGCACCACAUCAGAACUCCGCCAUGGAAAGCGUCGAUGCCAUCGAUCCCCCGCUCGUGGGUACCAUCUCUGGCGCCUUGCCUGGAGUUAACCUACCGCCCCCCCUUGCCGAUAGGGCGCUCACUUCCGAGCAGAAGACCACGACCUCCUCACGGGAGCAGCGUCGAGGAAUCGCAGGCCCCAUUGACGGGGUAGUCUGCGACGAAUUUGGCUUCUGUAUUUGA